AUGACUGCCUCCGUCCAGGGAGGUGCAUCGACUGUGAACCCGCUCACAUCGGCUACAACUACUUCUAUGCAAGGAGGGUCGUCCAUCGUGUCAACGAUUCUCCGGACGAUCGUCUCCCAGCUGACAUCCGCGGUUGUGAUUCCUCAGACUGCCAUCAUCACGACUACGACUGCAAUCCCUGUCAAUAUCAGCACCGUCACAGUCACCCGCUUCGGUCCGGCUCCAUCAAGCACAGCAGUGCGUCAAAAUGGACAAAAUGUGACGACCACAAUCUACCUUCCCAGCCAAUCGAGCGCAGCGACCGGGCCAACUCUCACCGUCACCGUUCCCAGAAACGGUACGCUCACAACCUUGCCAGCGCAGAACUCGUCGAUCAGCUAUGUCACCACGACUACGGUGACGGGAGACUUCAGUUUGCCAACCGCCACGGUCACAAGGAACGUCACUAUCGUUGAGCAUUCGACCGCUCCACGAACAAUCGCAACAGUGGUUCCUAUCGUCAAGAAUGUGCCGAUAACGCACACAAAUGUGGUGACCAACGUCCAGACGACGCUUUCGCCCACCACGAAGCUCCAUACUGUCACGACUGUGGUCUCACCAGCUCCCCAGAAUUCGACCAGCUGCUUGACAACCAACACGGGCGUUCCUGAUAACCAAACGAUUGUUGUCGUUGUGACUGGGCUGUCCGGCUCCACGGUCCUCUCCUCACUCACAACUACGCUGCCGCCGCCGGCGACUGUCAUCCCCGCAACUACGUACACGACGACAUCGACUGGUGCGCGGGACCUGGGGGUCAUCACAACCACAAUCUCUGCACCUACAAGUACAGUGGUUACAGUGACUCGGCCGGCCUCAACAGUUACAUUGGGACAGCAAGGCCCGACGCAAUCGCAGGUCACUGUCAUUCCAGCAACGACAUACACCACGACCUUGACGGGAAUGCAGCCGACGAACCAGAUCGUCACCGCCACCGUCCCGGGAGCCUUGCCCACGACAACCGUCAUCACAGUGACUCAGCCGCAACGUACUGGGGCUGAGCCUUCCACGAUCACCUUCACCCCAACUGCCUCAACGACUUUGAAGGCAGACAAGCCCGCCACGAUCACGAUCGAACCGCCAACGACCGGCCUUCCGCUUACUUCUAUCCUGACGUUCAUCCCAAACGAGCUUACAACUCUGAAGCCUGACGUGCCAGCCACUGUCACGGUUAACCCGCUGCUACCAGUCGAUGUCCCUUUGACGAGUGAUCUUCCUUUGACGAGCGAUCUACCUUUGACAUCGGGCGACCUUCCGCUCACCUCCGUUAUCACGUUCACCCCAGAUGACAAGACCACCUUGACACCCGACGCGCCCGCCACUGUUACCAUCGAACCAACAACCAGUGACCCCAAAGGUGAGGCUGGAAUGCGAUAUCCAGCACUUGCUGGUGCUGCGGCAGCUGUGUUUGGAUGGGCGGCCAUAUUGCUGUAA